AGUACGUAGGAAGCCUGGAUGUGCCGAGGCCCAACAGCAGAGUGGAGAUCGUGGCUGCCAUGCGCCGGAUACGGGAUAGGCAAUGAAUUGGUCUGAGCUAUCCACAUUCUCUGAUUUCCUCUUCCAUGACCUGCUGCUGCUGUGUGUAAGGUGCUAAUUAGGACAGGAGUCCCAGCCAAGUAUGAGUUUAAAGCCAAGAAUAUCAAGAAGAAGAAAGUGAGCAUCAUGGUUUCAGUGGAUGGAGUGAAAGUGAUUCUGAAGAAGAAAAAGAAGCUUUUUUUAUUGCAGAAAAAGGAGUGGACAUGGGAUGAGAGCAAGAUGCUGGUGAUGCAGGACCCUAUCUACAGGAUCUUCUACGUCUCUCAUGAUUCCCAAGACUUGAAGAUCUUCAGCUAUAUCGCUCGAGAUGGUGCCAGCAAUAUCUUCAGGUGUAACGUCUUUAAAUCCAAGAAGAAGAGCCAAGCUAUGCGAAUCGUCCGGACGGUGGGGCAGGCCUUCGAGGUCUGCCACAAGCUCAGCCUGCAGCACACACAGCAGAACGCAGACGGCCAGGAAGACGGGGAGAGUGAGCAGAACAGCAGCAGCUCAGGGGACCCAGGUGGGCACCGCCGCUGCUGUGGAUGUGGAUGGACAGGCCGCCAGCUCACUGGAGCCGAGAGGGCCUCCACGGCCACUGCGGAAGAGACUGACAUCGACGCGGUAGAAGUCCCACUCACAGGGAAUGACGUCCUGGAAUUCAGCCGAGGCGUCACUGACCUUGAUGCUGUAGGGAAGGAAGGAGGCUCCCACACAGACUCCAAGGUUCCACCCCAUGCCCAGGAGCCCAUGCUGACAGCCUCGCCCAGGAUGCUCCUGCCCUCUUCUUCCUCAAAGCCCCCGGGCUUGGGCACGGGGACGCCACUGUCCACUCACCACCAGAUGCAGCUCCUCCAGCAGCUCCUCCAGCAGCAGCAGCAGCAGACGCAAGUGGCUGUGGCCCAGGUUCACUUGCUGAAGGACCAGCUAGCUGCUGAGGCUGCGGCGCGGCUGGAGGCCCAGGCUCGCGUGCACCAGCUCCUGCUGCAGAACAAGGACAUGCUCCAACACAUCUCCCUGCUGGUCAAGCAGGUGCAGGAGCUGGAGCUGAAGCUGUCAGGACAGAACGCCAUGGGCUCCCAGGACAGCUUGCUGGAGAUCACCUUCCGCUCUGGAGCCCUGCCCGUGCUCUGUGACCCCACGACCCCCAAGCCAGAGGACCUGCAUUCGCCGCCCCUGGGCGCGGGCUUGGCCGACUUUGCGCACCCGGCGGGCAGCCCCUUAGUGGACCACAGCAUGUUUGAGAACUUGAACACAGCCCUCACGCCAAAGCUCCAGGCGAGCCGCUCCUUCCCCCACUUGUCCAGGCCCGCGGCCCCCAGCUCUGCCGCCCUCGCGUCUGUGGAGCCUGGUGGGCCGGGACUCUGGGUGGGCAGCAGCCAGCACCUCAAGAACCUGGGCAAAGCCAUGGGGGCGAAAGUUAAUGACUUCCUGCGGAGAAAAGAACCCUCGAGCCUGGGCAGUGUGGGCGCGAUGGAGAUCAACAAGACAGCAGGGGCCCAACUGGCCAGUGGGGCUGACGUGGAGGGCGAAAGGUCAGCCCUGCAAGAAGCGUUCCCUCGGCUGGAUCCUCCACCUCCCAUAACCAGGAAGCGAACCCCUCGGGCUCUGAAGACCACUCAGGACAUGCUCAUUUCAUCGCAGCCUGUCCUAAGCAACCUAGAGUGUGGGACAGAGCUGUCCCAUGGGCAGCCCCAGGACACCCCUCCCACUGCCCAGCCUGUCCCAGCAGACGCUUCAGAGCCAGAGGCCUCCAUGGAAAUGAGGGAUAGGGGCGAGGCUCUGCCCAAUGGAGAGGUUUCCCUGUCGGUACCUGACCUAAUCCACAAGGACAGCCAGGACGAAUCCAAGCUAAAGACGACUGAGUGCAGAAGGGCCUCCUCCCCUGGCCUCAUGGAGAGAAAUGGCCUCAAACUCAGCCUGAGCCCCAUCGGCCUGGCUGAGUCACUGGAGGCCAGCAGCCCCCAUCCUCGGGCACGGACCUCCAGCCUUGACAAUGAGGGCCCUCACCCAGACCUGCUGUCCUUUGAGUAGAGCCUCUUCUCAUCCCUGCUGGCCACCCCCCUUCCCCUCCGCUUUCCCCUCCCCUGUGCACCCUGGCCUUUGCCCCAGCUCCUCCGUGCCCUUUGCACAAGGCACCAGCAGAGAGCCGAUUCUCUCACACAGGCCGGUACAGGGCCAGAAGUCCAGGAGUAGUCCUAGUUGAAGAGUCCAUCUGUAGAAUGGCAGAGGGACUGGGGUGCCGUCCCUCAUCCUCAUUUUCCGUAAGCUCCUCUGGGUGCCAACUGCAGACCUUGGAUGUUGGAGCUCCUCUGCUCCCGAGUUGCCCUGGCUUCCCAUUGAAUGGCAGGGCCACCAGCCCUGGAUAGGGGCUUGCAGGGGUUCUGUUUGCCUGUCUCCACAUGCUGCCUGCUCCCCUGUUCUUCUUGCUCCUCCCUGGUGGCUUGGGAGGCCUCCUGCCUCAGGGGGAAUUGGGCUGGAUGAGGAAUGAUGGGCCUGGCUUGAGGAUGGUCCAGACCUAGAAAGCCACAUACCCUGAGCACAGCCCAGUCAGGGCUCCUCCUGAUCCCAGCACGGCACGGGCCCCUGGUUGUCACCUUGCCUCUGCCCCUGUGGCUGUGGACCAGAGAAGAUGCUUACCAGGCCUGAGACCUUGAGGCAGCCUUGUUGCCUGGGGCUCUCAGGGUGUUUCCCCGUCUGGCCAGAUGGAGAAGGCAGUGAGCACUCCCUGGGGCAGGGCACAGAGCCAGCCACCGAGAGCGCCUGCCCCACGUGCCUGUCGGGGCGAGGCCUUGGGGAAGAUGCCGUGAGCAGCUACACUUAGGGUCCUGCACAGAAGGAAAGACCAGGGCUUCCCUUGCUGUGAGUGAAGACAGGGCCUGGCAGGCCCAGCAGAAGCAGCAGAGUAUGUUCUGGUCUUGUUUUGGCUGGGGGAGCCAGGAACUUGGCUUUCAGGGCGCUGGUCCCAGGAGAACCCAAGCAGAAGUAGUGGAGAAGGCAGUGAAAACAGGACAAGGAAGGAGCAGUCACUGGGGGUCAGAGCAGCUCUUCAGGGACCUCCCACAGCCUGAAAUGACGCAGUUCUAGGCUCCAGGCAUGAUAAAUGCCUGAGCCAGAGUGAAGGAUGUGGGAGAGGGGAAUGCGAUGAGGCGCAGCCGUGGAGGUGCACUACUGUCUGUUAAGUGGAGGUGCUUUGCUCUUGUGUUGAAACUGCCUGAGCCUCCUGCCGCCCUGGUCUCCCUAGAGGGGCCUCUCGCCUGCCUUUCCCUGGUCCUGAUGCCUCACCUGUCCUCUCUCAACCUGCCCUCAGGAUCUCUGUGACUCGGUUCAUCCAACCCCAACUGACUCCUGCCCUCCUGGGUUAACCCACUUUUGUGUUCCUGUCUCCCACCAGGGGUCCUGUCGUGCUGUCUUCCUGUGGCCAGGAGACCCUCUCAGGGGGUGAUCCCCACCCUGGGGGCCUUUGCAGCAAGAAGAGCACAUCCCUUUUCUUGAACCGGGUGGCAAUUCCCUGGGAGAAGGCUGGGACUGCCACAUCCUGCAGGCAGGCCACUUCCCGUGACUUCUGCUGCAUCCUCUUUUCAUUGUUCGGCUUCCACCCAUGAGCUCCGGGGCACCCAGACCUCACUUCCCACUUCUUCUCAUUACCUGGUUCCUGCUCCCCUCCCCGGCACCUCUGCCAUGUAAAAUGUCCAAGCUGACUCCUAUAGACCUGGGAGCCUGUGGGGGCAGGGAUCGCCAGGGUGCGGCCGCCCUCCCUGCAUUCUUGUUUCUGCAGCCGUGCAGCCUUCCCACAGCACUCCCACCCCUCUUCUUCUACCCUGUCUUCCAUCACCCUGGCAAACAAGUCUUCACUGCAUGCUCACAGUGAAGCCUUUUCUCCCCUUCCCUGCAAGGGUCCAUCCGUGCCAGGCACCUUGCAGGCCAUGGUGAGGUGAGCAGGACGUUACUGAAUGUGUAGAUCCUGCCUUACUCCAAGAACAUCACAAGGAUGCGAUGUCUGACCCUGAUGCUCAGAGACUCUCAGGACUAGCAUUAUUUGGGGGCCUGUGAGUUUUCCCAGAAUGGCUUGGGGUUUGGCACAAAACAGAGCUGGGGAUGUGGGGGCAGAGAGCCUGAAUACCCAUGCUGGAGGCUAGCCCUUUGAUCUGAGCUUCCAUACCAGAAGCUCUAUUUGCUUCUCUAAUGGGGAACUUAGCAGCUACCUGCACUCUGGGGCUCCCUCCCCCUCCCCCCAGGGACCAGGUGGCUCUGCCCAGGUGAUGUCGUAACCACAGGCACAGAUGUUGUAGGCCCAGGCUGGCUUAAGCACCCUGUUCUGCUCCCCACACCCAGCCACAGCUGAAGUCCUGGCCCUAAGGCCCAAUAUUAGCACAGAGAUCCUACGAGGUUGUCCCAGAACCAUUGCCAGGGUGACCUCAGAGUUCCUCAGACUCAUGUCUGAUACUGAAUAAGAGGCCGUGGGACCCCGCUCUAGUCUUAGCUGACCUCUCUGUGAUCUCCACCUCACUGUCCUCCUGCAGCAGGGGUGAUGCUGCAGCCUCGGGGGGGCCCUCUGAGGCUGAAAUCUGGUCCUAGAUGCUGUGGAAGUUGUGUGGUGCUAAGGGCUGAGUGCCACCCAAAGGCCCACAGAAACAAGGACUUUUAAUCCUGCUUAGGGCCUGGGCUCAGCCCAGCUCUUCUACCCAAAGCCUCACCUGGCUCCCUGUGUCUGUCUCAACAGCCUGACCUUCCUAUGAUUGUAGCAUGGCAACCACAUGCCCCAACCCCCACCACGUGUAUGCACACACACAAAGCCCUCAGUCCAGCUUCAUGGCCCUUGGUGGCCCAGUCUGCCGAAGGGCAGGGUAACAAGGAGAAAUGAAGAAACAAUCAUCUAGGUCCCCAUAAGGAAGUUGGGGCCACAGAGUCUCUUCUCCCCCAACCCCACUGUAACCCCAUACUCAGCACAUAGCUUUAUCCUGAUAGAUGACAAGGUGAGCUUCCAGAACCUGGCAGGAGGAUGGCACAUUGCCCUGCACGGAGAGAAAUGUGUCUGUGUUAUGUAUGUGGAUGAUAUGAAGCCGGACAUGCAUGUAAUCCGUCGACUUUUAAAGAAUAGAGAGGUUGGCCCCCAUUUGGAGAAAGAAGAUUACAGAUCUAUUCUGAGUAUUUUCUAGAGAUUUUCUAUUUAUAUUUUUAGUAAUUUUCUGGUAGAAGGACACUGCGCAAUAAAAUGAUUUGGUUUGGUU